GACUGCAUGACUGUCUAUUUUUACUCUGUAGCAUCAUACUGCAGUAGUGCUGUACACGUGUAUCUCUAUUGAUUUCUAUGGGAUGUCCAGCGCUGCAGAGAGAGAUGGACGUUAACCCAGCGGCGGACGUUUUGCAUUAAUACCAGAUCAUAAACAUAAAACUCCCAUUUAGCUUUCACUGUCUAUGCUUUCUGAUUUCUCAAUCCGGAUUUGAUCAAACUAAGGCAUGGACACCAGGGCACGGUUAGAGAGUCGGCUGACAGAGUAUGUCAAAAACACACUCAGUUACAUUGAGACCGUAAGAGUUUUCUGUCACCAAGAACAGAACUGGACUUAUGAGAGAAAGGCAGAGCUUGAGAAGUUGAGAGACAUCAGUGAAAAUCAUCAUCAGGAGGAAGACCUUGGUGCUGUCCUCAAAGACACAUUAAUGGGGCUGAAGAAACUUGAGCCCUUCCUGGAAGCAGUGGGGAAGCUUUCAUUGACCUCGAGUCAUGUCUUCAGUGGACAGGUGUUCCUGCUGCAGGGAAAGAGCCCUGAAAGACUGCAGUCGGUCAUCACAGAUGCCAGGAUAGAUGCUCCUCUCCUCAUCCACUUCAGAAGAGAUGCAGAAACCUUCUUCAGGCCUCUACUUGAGAAUGUGAAUGUCCUGGUCUUCCAGCUACAAAACUACGUCCUCAAAACAGAGCAACUUUGUAGGAGAGUAAAACAAAAAUGGAAGACGGAUCAACUUUCAGUGCUGCUCGUUCUGAACGCAAGCGAGGACGAUAUGAAUCAAAUGCUUCAUCAUCUGAACCAGUUGUGUGAAAUCAGGACGAAUCAAGACACUCGGCUGGCGUUCCUCUUUCAGGAAGAUGCUCAGGAAUUCAUUGAUGUGUUCAGUGAACGUCGCUCUAGAAUGAGGCAGUUGCUGUCUGAUCUGGAGGAGACGGCCGUUAAACUGGACUCGAUGAAGAUGGGGGCUAGUAUAUCCACUGUGGUUGGUAGUUCAGUGGGGAUUGUAGGGGGUGUCUUGUCUAUUAUUGGAAUCGUUCUUGCCCCGUCCACUGCAGGAGCAUCAUUGGUUUGCACCGCAGCAGGGGCCGGUCUGGGGGGCAUUAGUGCAGUCAAUACUAUUGUAACAACCGUCACUGAAACACAAGUCAACAGUCGGCAGGAGCACAAUGCACAAAGUUAUUUAAAGAGUUACAAGGAUGAUAUGAUAAAGAUUGAAGAAUGUUUGAAUGAAGCGGCCAACAGCGAAGGACCUUUAGUGAAGCCUAGUGCAGUUGAUGCUAAGACCAUUUUAACCUAUAUAGGAGAAGGGAUUAAAGAGCCUGUGAAUGUGGCAGAUGCAAUUGCAUCUUUAAGAGUCCAUAAAAUGGAAAAAGCAACUGCAGCAGAAACCGAGAUCGUAAUGCAGGAUUUAAAUAUGGUUCGUGACGUACCGCAGGUGGCUAGAUACCUGUCUAGGACAGAGCAGCUGGCAAACGUCAAAACAUUGGCGACUGUAAAGGUUGUUAGAGGUAUAUCUGGCUUCGUAAAUGCAUUCUUUAUUGGCCUGGAUGGCUAUUUUAUUGUUGAAGAAAGUAUAAGUCUUGCAAAAGGGAGUGAGAGUGAGGUCUCUAAGCUCAUCCGCUCCAGGGCAACUCUGUGGAAAUCUGAGCUGGAGGCCUGGGAGAAAAUCCACGAUUCCUUAUGCAUAGGAAUAAAGACGAUCAGUGAGAGCUGGGAUACGUUGAAGAAACCAUUUCUUCCUUAGUUCUGUCCUGACAACUUGAUUUUAGCACGGUAAUGGAUAUGGCAAUGUUAAUAUCAAUAGGGUGCUGUGAGUAUUUAAGACAUACUGCUGCAGCACAAAUAGCAUAUAAAAUAACCCCCCAACUGUUCAGCUCUCAUCACUUGUUGUUGUUGUUGUUUUGCACUUGUUGCAACAGAAUUGGUGUCUUAAAUGAUUGGGUCCAUUAUAUUAAUAUAAAUAAGCUACUUAAUCAGACUGUGGAAAUUAGAAAAAUAAUUCAAGCACAUUUCAAACGGAAAGUGCAAAAAUUGUCUGAAUAUGUCUCUUCCCGAUCAUUUAAGGUAACUACAAGAUGGUGCCGAUGUUGAU